GGCAGGCCAACAGCAGAGCUGUGUCUGCAUCCAUCGCCGAGAGGAGGCCCGUGCGGUGUGGGGCGGGCCAGGAGCAGGAGAGGCCUUCCUCCCUUUGUGCUCCCCCUCCUCUCCUCCCCCGGGGGCCCUAUAAAUAGGCCACAGCCCGGGCUGUGGCUCAGCCCUCAGAGGGAGUCAGGCACCAGCAGCGGUCUCCAGCCAAGCCCCCGCCAGCAUGGCCAGCGAGUUCAAGAAGAAGCUCUUCUGGAGGGCAGUGGUGGCCGAGUUCCUGGCCAUGACCCUCUUCAUCGUCAUCAGCAUCGGCUCUGCCCUGGGCUUCAACUUCCCGCUGAAGAACAACCAGACAUCAGGUGCGGCCCAGGACAAUGUGAAGGUGUCCCUGGCCUUCGGGCUGAGCAUCGCCACGAUGGCCCAGAGCGUGGGCCACAUCAGCGGUGCCCACCUCAACCCAGCGGUCACCCUGGGGCUGCUGCUCAGCUGCCAGAUCAGCGUCCUCCGGGCUGUCCUGUACAUCAUCGCCCAGUGCGUGGGGGCCAUCGUCGCCACCGCCAUCCUCUCGGGCAUCACCUCUUCCCUGCCCGGCAACUCCCUGGGCAGCAAUGCGCUGGCCUCCGGCGUGAACGCGGGCCAGGGCCUGGGCAUCGAGAUCAUCGCCACCCUGCAGCUGGUACUGUGCGUGCUGGCCACCACCGACCGGAGGCGCCGUGACCUGGGGGGCUCAGCCCCCCUCGCCAUAGGCCUCUCUGUGGCCUUGGGACACCUGCUGGCGAUCGACUACACAGGCUGCAGCAUUAACCCUGCCCGGUCCUUCGGCUCGUCGGUGAUCAGUAACAACUUCAAGGACCACUGGGUGUUCUGGGUGGGACCGUUCAUCGGGGCCGCGCUCGCCGUGGUCAUCUACGACUUCAUCCUGGCCCCGCGCAGCAGCGACCUCACAGACCGCAUGAAGGUGUGCACCAGCGGCCAGGUGGAGGAGUACGACCUGGAUGGCGAAGACAUCCACUCCAGGGUGGAGAUGAAGCCCAAGUAGAGGGCCUGGCCCCGCGCACUCACCUGGGGACCGGGGCAGGGGCGGGCGGAGGGCGGGGUGGGUGAAACCCAUAUUGUAGACACUCUGACGAGCUGGCCAACGUUUCUUGCCAAAGACCCGCGGGACUUGCGUGGCCAAGCCUGAUUUGGGCUGUUUCUAUCACUUUCUUCCUCUUUCUCUCUUUCCUGGCCUUGGGGCUUCCUGGAGACCAAGACUCCCCACUCGUCCACUCCCUUGAGGUCACAGAGGAGGUGAAAGAGAGGGACCCACCCUCAGAGUGUGACAGGAGGUGUGCCAGAAAGCCCCUCACCCCA